UCUUUUUUGGAUUUUUGCAAAAAGAGUUAUUAAUUAAUCAUUAAUUAAAACAUAAAAGCGCAAUUAAAAAAGGAAACUCAUUCGAUUGUCCACCGUCGGCAGAACAAUUAUCAGAAUCAACUUUCCUACAAAUCUUUAUCUAAAUUAUUUUCUACAAAUAGCAGAAAUUACUUUCUUCAACAUUUAAUCAAUCAUUCGCCAAUGCCACACUCUCUCACACGCACUUUACACACACACAUACGCACAUACAUACAUACAAAUUGUUUGUCUCUAUCGCCGCUGAUUUUCUGUCACGCAUUUCCUCGAACACUUCACCUUCUCUCUCUCUAUCUCUCGCUCUGAGCGACUAACAUUUUUCCAGGCAUUAUUUUCCGGUGAGAUCUGAAGCGCAACUGUAAGAUAUGAAGCAGAGUACUCGCCUGAGCUCCGCUGUUUUUCAGCUCACUCCGACUCGAACAAGGUGUGACUUGAUCAUCAUAGCAAACGGCAAGAAAGAGAAAAUUGCUUCGGGACUGUUAAGUCCAUUUCUUGCACAUCUGAAGACUGCUCAAGAUCAAAUUGCUGAAGGUGGUUAUUCAAUCUUGCUUGAACCAGAAACUGGCAGUGAUGCACCGUGGUUUACAAAAGCUACUCUCGAAAGGUUUGUCCGUUUUGUGAGCACUCCUGAGAUCCUGGAACGCGUCUACACAAUAGAAACUGAAAUCUUACAGAUCGAGGAGGCAAUUUCCACACAAAGGAGCAAUUAUGCAGGGCAACGACUUGUAGAAACCCCACAAAGUAAACCUCUACGUGGAUAUGAAGGUGAAAAAUCUUCGCCCAAUGCUAAUGUGGAAAACGCAAUUGUCCUUUACACGCCUGGGGCACCACCACCUGAAGCCAAUGAAUCAAGUUCACCGGAGGGGAAUUCAAAAGUUCAGCUUCUCAAAGUCCUCGAGACACGUAAAAGAGUGCUACAAAAGGAACAAGGAAUGGCCUUUGCACGUGCUGUAGCAGCAGGUUUUGAUAUCGAUCUCGUCGCACCUCUUGUCACUUUUGCUGAGAGCUUUGGAGCCAUGCGUUUAAUGCAUGCAUGCUCAAGGUUCAUGGAUCUGUGGAAGAGUAAGCAUGAAACAGGGCAAUGGCUUGAUAUUGAAGAAUUGUCUCCGAUGAAGCCAUCCGGUGUUGUUCUCUCUCAUACACCCAACAAACAUGAUAAAUCCAACCUUGAGCUGGCUGCAGAAAAUAAUGGGGAUUCGGGAUCAACAAUAAAUUCUGCAGGUAGCCCAGCCCCAAAUGGUCAACACGAAUAUUUUCAAGGACAGUUUCCUCAUCCUGUUUUUCCUACAUGGCCUAUGCAUGCUCCCGGUGGGGCCCAACCCAUAUUUCAAGCGUACCCUGUUCAAGGAAUGCCAUACUACCCGACUUACACAGGAAAUGGUUCUUUUUAUCAGCCACAUCACUAUUCUACAGAGCAAUCCCCUUCAGAUUUUGGUCCUCAUUCAGGAAAGAAAAGGCAAUCCUUUGAUGUUGGGAACAGUAAUAACGGGUCAGGGUCGAGAGAUGUUGACAGAACAGAAUCGCUGGAUGACAUGGCAUCAGAUGCAGAAGUUUCACACAGUCGAAAACCACGAAGAAAGUCUGUGGGUUCUAAUGGAAAGCAUUCAGGCACUGUUGUAAUACGAAACCUUAAUUAUAUCACGUCUAAAGAGAAGAAAACUGGUAGCGAAACGAGCUCAGAUUCACACUCGGAUAUUGAUGAAGCAUCUUCGAAAAGUGGAGGAAUCCAUUUGAAGUCUGGGGAUAAGUUGAACUUGGGCAAUGACGAGGUCUCUGUUUUGGGAAAGGAUACUGAUGAUAGACACUGGCAGGCAUUUCAAGAUUGUUUAUUGAGAGGAAAUGAUGAAGAUGCUCAAGCUGAAAAUGAGGGUGUGAAGAUAAAGAGACACAAAAACAGUGCAAGUGAUGACACAUUGGCUCUUCGUGCACAGGAUAAAGGUGAAAUACAAGAUACUAGGAUGAGAGACAUCCGCAGAAUCAGUGGAAGUAUGUCUCGUGGGCCCAGGGGAUCAGGUGAUGAAUUUUUAUUUUCCGGUGCAGAUAAUGACUUCAAGGGAAGCAAUGAUGAAACAGACAUCCAUUCUUCCGAAAGUAAUGGAAGGGGGAUUUUAUUUAGGUCGAACGAAGAAUUUAUAGUUGGCAGUCAACGGAACCAUUUGAAUUUCAGGAAUUCGUCAGAUCCAUUAGCCGUGGACAGUUUUGAGGGUGCCGUUGGUAAAAUAAAUAUAGAUUCCUCAAAUGGAAUCGCAGAAGAAACUUUGAUUGUGCCAUUUAGGUCAAUGUCAUUAGAUCAAGUUGGAGGAACUGAUAGAACUGCUAUUAACAUAGAUUCUGAGAUUCCAUCAAAGUACCAAAAGAUGGAGUCCAAGGGAAGUAAGAGCAAAGUAAACUAUGAGCCUCAUGAUUUGAGCUUGAGGCCUGAACGCGGGACAGAUAAGAGGUCCAUCGGAUAUGACCUUGCUCCGGACUACGAAAUGCAGGUCCGUGCAAAAGUGUCAGGCGAGGAAGGGAAAACAAAUGCAAGUGAUGUGAAGGGUGGGUCAAGGAAAUCGGACAAGGAUAGGAUGUCAAAGGUCACUCCAGACUCUUCGCACAAACAAAGAAGUGGAGGUGCUAUUAGGAAGGGCAAAUUGUCGAAGCUGAGUCCUUUAGAAGAGGCACGAGCCCGGGCUGAAAGUCUGAGAUCCUACAAAGCUAAUCUGCAAAAAAUGAAGAAAGAGAAGGAAGAGACAGAAAUGAAGCGAAUUGAAUCUUUAAAGCUGCAGCGACAAAAGAGAAUUGCAGCUAGAGGCGGUUCCACCUCCGGAAAGGUAUCCACACCAUCUCCUCAGACAAAGCAAUUGCAACCAAAAUUUUCGAACACAACUAAUAGAGGAUCCAAGUUCAGUGAUUCGGAGCCUGGACUAUCAUCACCCUUGCAGAGAUCCAAAAUCAGAAUUUCGCCUGGAUCAACCGAGUCAUAUAAAGCCUCCAAAGUUAUCCACAUGGCAGGGAAUAGGGUAACCAGGUCCUCUUCAUCAAUAUCCGAGAUGAAAAGAGAAAGCAACGGUGUUACACCUGAUACUAAAGCCUCCAUGUCUCGGAUUAGAAGGUUAUCAGAGCCUAAAACAAUCACAAACUCUCCUCUUACUACGAUAAAAGCACGAAGUGCUGAAUCGGUACUAAAGCGGAAGUUGUCUGAUGGUCCAGAGAGAAACAAAGUAUCUGCUGCCGUCAACCCUGAUAGAAGUAAAACUGCAACUCUACCUGAAUCGAAGAUCAAGACAUCGAAGUUACACGUAAAUAGAGGUGAGGGCAAAUCAGCAGUGAAGGACAGCCAAAAGAUAAAUGCAACAAGGCCUUCUGGAAAUGCUGAAAUAAAUAUAAGUAAUAAUAAGACAGCACGCCAGACUGAUGCAGAUGACGUUUCUGUAGUUGAGAAAACUGUUCUGGUGCUUGAGUCUAAUAAGCCUUCUCUUCCAACUUCGUCUUCAUCACAAAGAGAACCAGAGGUACGGAGUAAGCAGCAUAAUUAUCGUGACAAAGGAGAGAAAACUACUGUGAUACCAGAGUCGGCUCCUAUACACGCUCCUCCUUCAACUGUGUAUCGAGUUGAUAAAGAAUCUAUAACUUCCCAAGUCCAAAAGCAAUCAGAUUAUAAUGAGGUGACUGCCGCCUGUUCAGAGAAAGACCAUUGCACUCGUCAGUCAGAGUAUAGCAAAGCACCGUUAGCAAAACCGGAGCUGCUAUCAAGAGCUGAAGAAACUGCGAAAACUCAACUUCAUGGUGUAAAAGCCCCCAAAAUGGACAGAAAUCAAGCAACUUCGAAGAAAACUUCUGUAAAGGAAUCACCAAAGGGUUUUAGACGCCUUUUGAAGUUUGGAAGGAAGAAUCGGAGUUCGUCGUCAGUAGAUAAAAAUGUUGAUGGUAUUGAGAAAACGGCUUCAACAAACGAAGUUCACACAUUAAAGAGUCUAAUCUCGGGAGCUGAAACCUCUACUGCUAGCAAUACUCCACAAAAGACAUCUCGUCAUUUCUCUUUAUUGUCGCCCUUCCGGAGCAAAACAAGUGAAAAGAAAGUAGCAUCGUAGAGUUUGAAGACGCUAAAGUAGAAAAUACACACGUCGAGUACUUUGCUGUAUAUUAUAAUGAAAAUGCGAAGACACAUUUUACUCGAUUUUAUAAUGUAUUCGAUUCGUGUUUGUUAUUAAUUUGACUUAAGAGCUCUUGCCCAGUCCUUCAUGAGAAAUAUUCAGACUUUGCAUAUGCAU